GAUUGGAAGGUUCACAUAGGGUUGUUCAGUUCUCUGUUGAGGCCCAAAUUGGUCACAAAGGACCAGGUGAGAGUUGAUCUCUUAGUAUAUAGGUUGUUGGCCAGAGAACUUCCUUUUGUGUACGUUCGCUUACUCAACAGGGCGAUUAUCGAAUUUGGUGGCUCGCUUAGUGGUUAGGGAUGUGGGUUUUUUUUUUGGAAGAAGGUUUAGGCUGUGUUGACACACUUAAGACGAGCCUCAGACUUUUCCAUUGGAGGUCUUUUGUAUUUCCCAGCAGUUUAUAGAGAUUACGUGGUGCAUUAUACUCUUGGGAGUUCUCUUUCACGUUGCAAGCUUCUUUGUCUAUGUUUUCUAUUAGUUUCUUAUUGGUCUAAUUAGCUUACUCAUCAUUAUUUAUCCUGUGUAACAUCUAAUCAUAACUCC